AUGAUCUGUGGCACCUCGUGGCUAGUGCCAGUGGAGGGAGCGGAGGCCCCCUGCCCGACGGUUUGGGUUUGCAUUGAUCAGCAUGGUGCAGAUCAGCGACGGGCCGCCCAAGCAUUCAGUUCGAACAUUCUCAACCAUCUCGUCUACAGACCCAAGGCGGGAUUGGCGUUCAUUCCAAUUCUGGUCGGCUAUGUGAUCGCAUGGGUGUCCUUUUUUCCUGCGACCAAGCGCAACAUCCAAGAGCGCAGGGACAACCCGGAAAGUGAACGGGCUCAAUACGAGUCCCGUCUGUGGUGGUUGCUCUACACAGCCCCCUGCCUCCCAAUCGGGUUGAUUGGAUUUGCCUGGACUAGCUUGCCGCAGUGCCACUGGAUUGGUACCAUGAUCUUUGCCGCCAUGAUUGGUAUUGCCAAUUAUGCCAUCUACAUGGCCACCAUUGACUACAUGGUCCGUGCCUACGGACCGUACUCUGUUUCCGCCACUGGUGGUAAUGGAUGGGCGCGAGAGUGCAGCUUCGCCACAUUAUCUGGGUUGUCGUCCAACCAGGGAGGACUCCCAUAUCGGGGUGAUCGUCUUGCCGACAACAGUGGGAUGCCCUGGGGAACCCGAGAGAACUGGGAGAGAGCGCUGGCGUGGGCGUGGGGCCCGGCGGGCGCAGAGGGUGCUUGCGAGACAUAG